UUGUUCGUGCAUGAAAUGAAUCUGUUCGCUCUGGAAGCUUCUGUGGUCCGUGUCUGAUAUCUAGGUUCGUACUACUCCACAGCGGGUGACAGAAACGAGAAAGAGCCUUGGAGGGGGAAUUGAUCCGCCUUUAAUAGCAACAUGUCUCGCUGGCUGAGGGCGUUUUCGACUGCCAGGUCGUUUCUUGGUAACACCACAAUGGCCUCCCAACCCGUCCGUCAGUAUUCCUUCCAAGUGUUCCGCGAUGUCCCUCCUCUCCGUAAAUUCCGCCGACAGCUCCUACUGUCAGAUCGAACCGUGGGUUUUGUUCCCACCAUGGGUGCCCUUCACGAGGGCCACCUGUCCUUGGUUCGACAAGCUGCGGCCGAAAAUACAGACGUUUUUGUGAGCAUCUUCGUCAACCCGACGCAAUUUGGUGUCAGUGAGGAUCUGUCUAGCUAUCCCCGCACCUGGGAUAGUGACGUGGAGAAGUUGGAGAAAUUGAACGACGAGCUUGCUGCAUCUGGAACAGAGUCUAAACCCCUUGGGCGUAUCACGGCCAUUCUGGCUCCUACAUCAAAGGCCAUGUACCCGGCAUCGCCGCCUACAUCGGAGGUUAAUGGACAUGGUUCCUUCGUCACAAUCACCCCUCUUUCGCAGAAGCUGGAGGGUGCUUCUCGUCCUGUUUUCUUCAGAGGAGUCGCUACAGUCUGCAUGAAGCUAUUCAAUAUUGUCACAGCCGAUCGCGCCUAUUUCGGACAGAAGGACGUUCAGCAGACAGUUGUCAUCCGGCGAAUGGUGCAGGAUUUCCACGUUGAUACGGAAAUUAAAAUCGGUGACACAACGCGGGAGUCUGACGGAUUGGCAAUGAGCUCCCGGAAUGUUUACCUCGGAGCUAGACGACGUGCUGUCGGUCUCGUUCUUUUCAACGCUUUGAAGGCCGCAGAAGAAGCCUACAAGUCGGGUAAAGUUACUCGCAGCGACAUCCUCAAUUCUGCCAACCGCAUCACCCAGCAAGUUCUUGCCGAGCAGCAAGCUCUUAAGCCCUCCGAGAGGGCUCUUUAUGAGGUUGACUACAUCUCUCUUGCUGACCCCGACACAUUGGACGAGUUGGAGACUGUCGACCCAGCCAAGGGCGCCGUUUUGAGUGGUGCAAUCAAGAUGGCUCCCCUCGAGGAGCCCAAGUCUGAUGAAGAGCGUGGCCUUGGAGACGGGCAGGUCCCGGUGAGAUUGAUCGACAACCUCAUCUUCAAGCCGCUUGUUUGAUAUUGCGAAUACUCUCAUGCUGCGGAUAUUUGCUUUGGGUAGCGAACAUUGUGAAUUCCAGCCCUCGUGCCCUGGUGGCAUAAAAAUAGAUACAAAUUUCGGUACAUAGCCUUACAAAAGUUGGUUGCAAAUAGUUACUUGAGCACAAGUUUCGAGUAAAAAUAUAUAUGUUUGAAACAUCUACCCCGUAUUAUUAUUGUUAUUAAAUGAUACAUCACAUUGCUUCCCCAG